AAAUGUGAACCACGAAUAGGAGGAAAAGAAAAGAAAAAAGAAGUGGCGAAAUUCGCUCGCAUGGCGAUGAAAAGCUGAGGCAUUACCCUUCUCUGUGUGUCCACCCAAAUGGCUGCUACUCCCGUCUCUCCUCCAUUCCUCACUUCUGUUUCUUCUUCCACCUACUCGGGAAGGCACUCUCCUCUGUUUUUCCCCACCUCUGAUUGAGAUUGAAACUUUAUCUUCCAGUUUCGUCUCCUUCGUUGCCAGAAAUGGAUUCCGAUUUCUGGACCUCCCGCCUCGCCGCCGCCAAACGCCACUAUAUGUUGCAGCAUCAUCAUCAAACCUCCAACUUAGAUCUGUUGGGAAUCGAUGAUUUGGAGAUGGACGAUGACGCUCGCCCCCAUUUUUCAUGUCCUUUUUGCUAUGAGAAUUUUGACGUUAUGUCCCUUUGUUCGCAUCUGGAAGACGAGCACUCUUGCGAGACAAGAGUCACGGUUUGUCCCAUUUGCUCGGUUAAAGUCACGGGGGACUUGUUGAGCCAUAUAACAUUGCACCAUGGACACUUGUUCAAGCUUCAGAGAGGCUGCAGGUUGCGUAAGAUUGCCAUCCCCAGCAGUCAGGCAUUGUCUCUCUUGAGCCGGGACCUUCGCGAGGCCCAUCUGCAGCUGCUUCUGGGGAGCAGUGGUUACCGUACAAGCACCACUAAUGGGCCUAAUGCAGCUCAUGAUCCGUUUCUAUCCUCACUUAUUUUGAAUUAUCCUGCAUCUGAAGUUGAAGAUAUCUCGAAAUCCAUGCUAACCAGUGCCGAAGACACAUCUUCAGAGAAUGUGGCACCAUCACCUAUUUGGAAAUCAAGGUUUGAUCCUUCUUUGAGCCAGGAAGAGCGGGAUAAAAGAAUGAGACAAGCUAUUGGGAGAGCAGGCUUUAUGCGGGAUAUGCUUUUCUCAACUCUCUUAGAGGAUUAAUGAAAGCAAAUAAUGAACGACAAGAGGGGAGCAUUGUUAUGCUCAUUGGCGCUCGAAGGUCGGCCGGGCAGUACCAGCAGCCAGACUACACAACGCCAUACAAGGAGAAAUUUGGAUGGUCAACAACACAAACGUAAGAAUCUCCAAUUGGAUGGCAACUACUGGGGAUAGGCCUAGAGCUAGUUCGAAGGAAAUUACAAAUGCUGUUCUUUUAAAACCUUCUCCUUUCAUUGUGACACAACUAUGUUGAUGACCUAUCAUUUUGAAUUUAUUAUAGAGUGUGAUGAUGAAUUGGAUGUUGGUGUUAUAGUUGAGAUCAAAAGAUGCCAAUGUUCAUGGAAGGGAACAUUACACACA